CCUCGCGUUCGCCUCCUCCAGUCACUGCUGCAUACACGACAUCCGAGUGCCUCAAAGAGCCAGAGGUGGGGCCCUGAGCUGCAGGGCGCACCUUCGGGAGUCUCUAGUUUCACUUUGGGGACACCGAUAACAGCAUGGACACCAAGCGCUGCUUUGCCAACCGCUUCGAUGACUACCAGGGCAGCCUGCUGGCUGGCCAGUGCGAGGAGGCAGUAGCGCCAUUGGUCACCGCCACCAUUGAGCGCAUCCUCCAGGAGCUGCCCCCACUUGGGGGCAGCGCCGAGGCCCCAGGGGCGACGGCUACAGCCAGUGGCUGCCAGGGGUGUCUGUAUAGCGGCUUGGCCGGAGUGGCCUACAUGCUCUACCACGUCUCCCAGAGCCCCUUGUUCGUCGCGGCCCGAGAGCGCUAUCUGCGCUCGGCCAAGCGUCUCAUCGACGCGUGCUCCCGCGCGGAGGAGUGGGGCGAACCGGACGCCGACACCCGCGCCGCCUUUCUGCUCGGGGGCGCGGGCGUGUACGCUGUAGCCACUCUCGUGUACCACGCCCUGGGCCGGUCCGACUACGUGCAGCCACUAGGCAAGUUCCGGGCUCUGUGUGCCAUCUGCGCGCCCGUCUCUUUUCUGGAGUGCGGCUCCGAUGAGCUGUUCGUGGGCCGUGCGGGCUACCUGUGCGCCGCGCUGGUGCUCAAGCAGAAACUUGCCCAGGAGGUACUGACACCAGCACAGAUCAAAUCAAUAUGCCAGGCAAUUUUGGACUCUGGGAAGCAGUAUGCUAUGAAAAAGAGGAAACCAUUCCCGUUGAUGUAUUCUUACUAUGGAACUGAAUACUUGGGGGCAGCUCACGGCCUGUCAUCCAUUCUCCAGAUGCUUCUUUCUUACCAUGAGCACCUCAAGCCCUCAGAUCGGGAGCUGGUAUGGCAGAGUGUGGACUUCCUCAUGGAACAGGAACAGAACUGCAACUGGCCACCUGAGCUAGGCGAAACCAUCGAGAGAGAGAAUGAGCUGGUUCAUUGGUGCCAUGGUGCUCCAGGCAUUGCCUAUCUGUUUGCCAAAGCUUAUCUUAUUUCCAAGAAACCACAGUAUCUGGACACGUGUAUACGGUGUGGGGAACUCACAUGGCAGAAAGGCCUAUUGAAGAAGGGACCUGGGAUUUGCCAUGGUGUAGCUGGCAGUGCCUAUGUCUUUCUGUUGCUGUAUAGGCUUACUGGAAACUCAAAAUACAUUUAUCGUGCCCAAAGGUUUGCUCAGUUCUUAUUUACUGAGGAAUUCAAAGCUGGUUCACGGGUCCUUGAAAGCAUAUACAGCUUGUAUGAAGGCUUCUCUGGGACCGUUUGUUUUCUAAUCGAUCUUCUGCAGCCUAAUCAGGCUGAAUUCCCUCUCUUCAGUGUCUUCGUUUAAGAGGCCCUCCAACUUUAGCCCUGUAGAAGUCACCUGAGAUUUCCUGAACCUCCUCUAGGCAAGUUUCUCCAUAAGACACAUCUAGUGGUAUCACAACCAUGAGCCUUAACAUUGCCAUCAGAAAGAUGGAAGUAGGCUGGUGAAGGCAGCAUGAUACCAGUCUUGAAGAACUUGCAAAACAGAAAUGCCACAACUUAUCAGAGAUUUAGUAUUUCAGAAGAUAGACAUAAAACUAGAGAUCAAUGAGAAAAAUAAAUGAAAAACAAUCUGGUUUUCAGUUCAUGACAUUGAAAGCAAUAUUGAAAUGGGCAAUAAAAUGCCAGUACUUUCCCCAUUGGAAAGGAAACUUGACUGUCUAUGUAUACCCUCUACCCCUAAAUUCAGAAUGACAAUCAGCCUGCUAAAAAUCGUUAGCAGGAAUCAAGUGUCAAGAUAGACAACACUUGGAUAACUUGGCCUUUACUUAUUGAAAUUCAUGAUUUUUACCGGAUGGAGAUACAUGCAUAUAUAUCUGAUUUUAUCACUCUUCUGAGCACUUUAAAGACAUCAAUAUUUAGUUUAAACACUAAAUUUGUAGUUGU